CACAAAACAAUCAGAUCGCUCGCUCCCUUUUUCGUAUUCAGAACAGCUGACUAUCCACAGAACGUAAGGAAUGUUAUUGUUAGAAAAAUGAAAUUGAGUUCGCGUUUUGUGUAGGAUUUUGAAAGUACAUACAUAAAUUCAUUAUUAAAACGUGUUGUCCUAAAAAUCGAUUGGGCGUGAAUUAUUGUGGUAAUCGUCCAGCGAGUAGGCUAGUGCCCAUGAGCGGGUUCGAGAUCUUACUGUGUAUUCGGAGAAACUUACGUUGUACCGAGAGGAAACUUUAUUGAAAAGUGAAACCGCUGAUGUACGGACCCUAUAUCAACAACAAAAUUUACCUUAUAAUCCGAAAAACGAAAAAUUUUCAUCCGUCCGUCAAAUCGGUACACUAGAAACACAUUAAGGAAACAUGACCAUCUGCCUAAUCAUAAAUAAGCCAGAUCAUUGCUGCAUAUGCACUGAACGGGAUACUCCUGCAGCUAUGGUGGAAUGCCAAGAGUGCGAUCGUCAAUUCCACUUAUCAUGUGUGAAAUCGUUGCGUUGUGUUUCUAUCAAGUGUGCCGAAAUCGAAGCAAAGAUGCGGCUACUAUCUAUUGGGAACAUCUCAAAUCUGAUGUGUUGUGGGCGCUGUAGCGACGCUUGUCCUCCGUUACGGGGGGAGACACUCCCCGACGUUCCCUUCAUGUUCUCCGGCGUUGACUACUUCGGGCCUUUCGAAGCUAUCGCAGAUUCGACAACAGAAGCGAAAAUGGGGUUCGUGAUAUUCACAUGCGUAUCUACGAGAGCUGUUCAUCUUGAGUUGGCGGAAGAGCUGUCCGAAGAUUCCUUCUUAGACUGUCUUCGAAGCUUCCGAAAGUGCAGAGGGAAAAUAAUGCACUUAUACAGCGACAAUGGGAAGAGCUUCCUUGAUAAAAACACGGAAAUGACAUUUUUCAUCCAAUUUCUUAACGAAAUAAUGCAACGAAACAACAAAUCAUCUACGCAUGUUCAAUGGACUUUCAACUCUCCCACGAUAGCACACAACGAAGGAGCGUGGGAAAGGUUCAUGGAGACCAUCAAAUCGUCUCUUAAGAGUAUGCUCAAUUCGCUUGCCCCUAGAAAGCCAAAUGUGAAAUUCUUGAAACCACUCCUAAUCCAAGCGGAAUUCAUCAUAAACUCAAGACCCUUAACGCAUAUUCCAGUCAUGCAGCCAGAAGAUGAGAUCCGAACACCAUUGCAUGCUUUGAAACAUCAUAACAGAGGAUAUGCGUCAUUGGGCACACUGGAUACCCUCGAGGAACAAUGGAAAACUGUUGUUGCGCAUGCGUUGCGACACUUUUGGGACCGCUGGAGAACGACUUACAUACCGACACUGGCGAAACGGCACAAAUUGACGAACGAUGUGACACCGAUAAAAUGUGACGACAUUGUCAUAACGAUGGACCGCAGUCCGUCUGGACGAUGGCUGAGGGGUCGCGUAAUCGAAAUCCAUACUACGCAUGGUGGGCAGAGCGCUUUCGUCUCGAUAAAAAAUAGUGAUGGAGUUGUCAAAGUUCCGAUGGCGGAAGUCGCAGUACUGGAGGUGGAAGAUUGGAACUUCGUCGAUCAUACCCUGACAGAUACGCCGGAGAUCAUUGACCGAGCUUUGUCUGCUAGUCAAGUCAUACAAGCGGGGGAAGCCAUAAAUGAAAUACCAACAGUUAUUGAACACGAUCUUAUAUUUACGGACAUACGGAGAACAUGUGAUAGCAACAGAAAUGUGAAGGAUGCGGCAAACCAAUUAGAGCUAUGCCAUUCGCCAAACAUGAGAGAAUUGUGAGAUUUCAUAAAUGUUAUUUAUUAUUUGAUUUGUUUGUAUUUUUAAAAUAAA